AUGUCGCGCACAACGAGUCAAGCGUACCGGCACAUGAGGUCUGCCCUGGCCCUGUGGCCCAAGGACAACCUCCGCCCCGAGACCCAGUUUACCGAGAUCAUCCAAAGAGGCAUCGAGAGGAGGUACACCAAGCCCAAUGUCGUCGACGAGGCCAAGGAGCUGAAGCAGGCGAAUGCCCUCUACGCCCUCGCCGACGACCGCUUCAAGAAGAGGUUCCCCUUGAACGGCGAACUCUUGAAGCCCGAAAGCCAGCCGACAUACUUCCAAGACCUGUUGAGAGAGCUCGAGGAGGCCCCGACACGAGGUUGGCUGCAAAACAUGUCCAAGAAGCUCUCCGGCAUGUUCAGACUUCAAUGA